UUUGGUUUGCCACCCUUUUUGUUUGGGGGGGGGCCCAACGGAACCAGAGGCACCUGGCAGCGCCAUGUGGGUCUGGCGGUCCUUGGGCUGUGACCAGGCGGCUGAGCUGCCGGCCAACGCGCUGGCGCCACUAGGCCGGCGCUGCAGCCGCGAUGGUGGCGACAGGUCCGACAGCGGGGUCAGCGAUGUCUCCGCCCUACUGCCGUUGGACUCGCAGAUGACGAGCUGGAACUACGUGGUGCCCGAAAAGGUCAAGGACUCCAAAGGAGACACAUACCGUUUGGGCACCCCCAGCAGCGGUGCUUUGAGCGUCGCGGCGUGGCGCCUGGAGCCGCUGGGGGAUCUGCGGCUCUGCGUCCCCGCGGCCGUGGAGCUGCAGGCGCCGGGGCCAGUGGUGCUGGACGUGGAGCACCGCGACAGGAACUUCCCCCCGUUCAAGUCUGUGCGGGACGCCAUCAAGCGCCUGGUGGCCAAAGGCGGCGGCAGCUUCUGGUACCGCGUGCCCACGGCGGCAGCCCGGCUGCGGGAGGAAGCGGCGGCAGAGGUGCGCUGCACCGCAGACAAGGCACAGUGGCCCAGCUGCAUCUUCGGAGUGACCUUAGGCGCGCAGCUUCGGGUGGGGGUCCUGGUAGACAAGUCCUCCACUUCGCUGCCCUCGGUGAACGAGACGGAGUUCCAAACCAUGGUGGCCUGCGAAAGCUUCCGGCUGUCCAUCCUGCAGCAGGGCGGGCCUCCGCUGGACCCGGCGAAGCUGCAUGGCCGCCAUGAGGAGGGCAUCGGCCAAGAGUUCGAGCUCUGGACCAAGCGCCUGCGCGCCAAACCCAACACCUGGCAGCUGCUGCACGUUUGCCCAGAGGAGGUGCCGGAGGACCGGACGCUGGCCUACUACCCGGCGCCGCCCAUCCUGGCAGCGGUGGGGCGACAGCUGGGGGAUCUGGUGCUAGCAGCGGUGGCGGAGAUCGAGUUCGGCAUCGAGCCCUUCGAAGUGAGCUACGGGGAGGUCCACCUGGAGUCCCUGCGGCGUAUGGCGGCUGAGGAGGCGGCCAACUUGUUGGGCGUCACCGCGGAUCAGGUGAUCUGCGGGGCCUUUAAGCUGAAGAGUGUGGUCCCCAAGAAGCAGCACGUGCGCCGCAGUAGCAUGAUGCUGCAGAUCGCUUUGUUGCACCAGGGCCUGGUGGACGUGGUCCGCGGGCCCCAGAUGCCCCGGAGGAAGAGCAUGGCCGCCCUGCCGGACGUGGUCGCCAAGAGACGCACCCAACACAAAGCGGAGAGGCGGCGGAAGCCCGAGGACUCGCCACAGGCGCCGGGGGAGGGGGAGCCUAUGUCGCCCUCGGGGACCAAGAAGAGUGUAGCGCUGACGCGAGCGCUGACCACUCUGAAGGACACCCAGGACGCCUUUUCCAAGACGGUGCGGGACAUGUCCAAAUCCGCCUCCGAGCCUUUGCUGCCACCGCUCAAGGGCGCCCAGUCCUGGCAGGCGCUGACACAGACCUCGGUUCAAUCCGCUGGCCGCGACAUGCCUCCGGAUCAGCUGCUGAAAACUCUGAUCUGCAUCCUGGAUGACCGGAGGCAUCCUAUCAGGAAACACCCAGAGAUCUUCCCGAUGUUCGCGAAGAUCUCCAAACAGGCUGUGGUUGUGAAGGCCCCCCUGGUGGCGAGCCAGGACAUCAUCGACCCGUCACACAUGGCGGAGAGCAUUUGGGAGCUGAUGAAGCCCCGAAGGGUGUCGGGGGUGGCCUGUGACCUGGACAGCGCCACGUUGGCGAAUUUGGCCUCCAUGCGCUCGGAGAUCCUGGAUUUGUACGCGCAGCCGGGGGGGGCCAUCGCGGUGCAGAAGAGUCAGCUGGUGAAUUUGUCGCCCAAGGAGAUCCUGGACCUGACGGACUCCUUCUUCGCGCAGCUGCACUCCCUGGUGGCGUGCCUGGAGGCCAUGAUCGAGAAGACGGAGGACGUGGAGUACUGCCAGAGGCUGAGGCUCCACAAGGCCGUGGAGCGGGCGCUCAAGGUGAUGCGCUCCUUCCCUUCCAACCGGGAGAUCGUGUUUCGCGGGCUCCACCUGGUCAGCAACCUCACGACACACGAUGGCCCCUGCGUGGAUGCCAUCAUCGAGAAUUCCAUGGCUCCGGACAUCAUGCUGUCCCUGGACAACUUCCCCGGGGAUCAGGAGAUGCAGGUACUGGGCUGCCGAGUGCUGCGGCGCGUGUACCUGCGGGCGAGGGAGGUGACGAUGGCGGGCUGCCGGGUGGUGACCUUGGGCAAGCAGCUGGAUGAGGUCUGGACCUUCCACGGGCUGUCGCGGGUCCUGACCUCCAUGAAGCUCUUCCAGGAGAACGCGGAGAUUCAGCUGGAGUGCUGCGUGCUGCUGGCCUCCAUCGCGGAGCUGCUCUACAACAACGGCUAUGCCACCGAGGUGUUCCGGAUCCUGGAAGUGGCAAUCCGGAAGCAUGCGGAACAUGCGGGGAUCUUGUGCCAGAUCAUCCUCAUCAUCGCCCGGCUGGGCAGCUCCUUCCUGAACCACGAGCCCCGAGGGGUGCGGACCAUCGUGGAGGCCAUGGCCAGGCACCGCUCCGACCGGGAGCUGCAGAAGACGGCGGUGAGGGCCCUCUUCACCUUGGCCAAGGAUGAGCUGGCUCUGCAGGCGUGUCGUGCCGGCGGAGGCACCGGGGCCAUCUUCUACGCCAUGGCCGCGCACCCAGACGAGGCCCAGGUGUUGCAGGAGGGCGCGCGGGCGCUGGAGAAGCAUUGCCCCAGGGCAGUGGCCAGCAUCUUCCGGGUCUGCGACCUGGCCAUGCUGCUGCCACUGGCCAACUGGUCCACCGGCCCCGGCAGGGGCACUAUGCAGGCGCCGCUGGAGGUGGAGGAUCUCAAGUCCGGUGGCUGGAAUCCCCGAGGCAUCGAGAACUUCCUCGUGGAGUUCUCACCGCCCAGUGAGAACACGGGGACGGAUGAGGAUCAGCUGCACCUGCACGCGGGCUUUCGGAAGCAGAAGGCCCUAAGGGACGACUUGGAUGCCGCGGACAAGCUGUGGAUGUCCGUGGGCAGGCCGAAGGUCUCCAUGCCACGAAGCACCGGGCACAACAUCCGGCAGAAGGACAUGAACGCCCUGGCGGCCAAGGGCUGCGACGUGGACGUGCUGCGCCAGAGCGGGCCCAAACGUGAGCAGGUGCGGCGCUUCUGCGAGGUGCUGGGGGAGGCCAUCGCCAAGAAGUUCAGCGCCCAGGACGGCGAGCUCCUGGUGCUGCUGCUGGGCCACUUCGCCUGGUUCUCCCACAGCCACGCCCGGGAGAUCACGGAGUUCCAGGGCCAUGUGGCGAUUAUGGAAUGGUUGCGCUCGGAGCGGUUCAAGGGCCAGAGCGACCCAAAAGACGACGCUUUGGCCUUCCCCCUGCACGGGGCGUGUUUGAGCGCCUUGGGCUGCAUCUGCCGCCACGGCAUCGACACCGCGGGGCACUUGUUGGACUUGGACGCCUUGGACGUGGCCCUGCACUUUGCCGGCCACCUGGAGGCCAGCGUUCGAGUAAGCGCACUGCGGCUUUUGGCACGUCUCAUCCCCUAUGCCGCCCAGAGGCAGCCGGGGAAGGAGGCCCUGCCCUCGGACGUCUUGUGGCCGCUGAUCCUGCAGGAGCUGAAAGGCGACGAGGUGCUGCGUACCGCCGCCGCGGCCUGCGCGCUGGAGGGCAUCGUGAAUAACUGUGUGCCGGCCGAGGGCCCUGUGGCGCAGCAGCUGACGCUGGAGCUGCUGCGCGCCCUGGACUCGGCCACCCAGCGCGACGCCCCGGCGGCGGCGCUGCCGGUGCUCAUCGCCGUUAACCGCUUGGCUUCGGAGGACGAUGAGGCGCUGAGUGGCGCGGUGCGGCGCCACGAGGCCCUGGUCUCGCUGCUCACGGCCUGGCUGCCCCGCGCCACCCAGGCGCGGGCCACGAGCUGCGCCAAGGCCGCGGGGCUGGCGGCGGCCAACACCCUGCGGCUCCUCAGUGACACCGGGGCUGCUCUGGACGGCGGGCAGCUGGCGCCGCUGCUGCGGUGCGGCACCAGCGUGCUGGCGGAGGUGAAGCUGCAGGACGCUUGCAGGGCUGCCAUCGAGUCGGCAGUGCAGAGGGAGCAGGACGCAGGGCUGUUAGUCCAGAUGCUCAUGGGCCGCCUGAAUAGGGAGUCGGGAGAGAAGAUAGCGGACGUGUCGGUGAUGAUGCGCAUUGCCCAGCGGGCCAUCAGCAUUCUCAAGCAGGACCCCAGCCAAGCGACGGAGCCCUUGUUGGAGGUGCUGGAGGGCUCGGACCAGCUGGUGCCUGCGGAGGUGCCGGACGCCAAGGACAUGCAGGCGGUGCUGCAAGAGUUGCAGGAGGUGACCGCUAGGAGUCUCGCCCUGGCCGCGGGCAUCGAGGACGAGGAUGGGGCGGAGACCACGCCAAUGAACGCACUGAGCCUGAGCCCGCCGCUGAGCCCCAACGCCACCUUCGCCUCGCCCCCGCUCACGCCCAAGCUGCCGAGCCUCGGGGCGGCCCUGGCGUAGCGAACCACGUGCGAGCGGGCGCAGGGACGGACGAAGGGGAAAA